CUUUCAGAGCAGCAAGUAUGCGGCACACAUUCACGGUCGUCUUGGUCGCACUCUGCACCGCCAGUGUCGUGCGGGCCAAACUCGGGGCACCGGGCGGACCCCUGAAGCUGCACUUCGAUGUGCCGGACAGCUUCAAGAUCAUCUCUAGCUGGGAGUCCGCACUGUCCAUAGGGGACUCGGACAGCGACUCCAUGUUCGACUGCCUGACGGCGAACCGCACCAAGAUCGACUUCGUGAAACAGACGGCCACCUUUGUGUGGAUCCUCCCCGAGACCGACCACUCGCCCAGGCAAGAACUUACAUUUUCGGUCAGGCCCGGGCCUAAACCUGGCACUAUGGAGAUGACCCUAGGCGACGAUCCGACAGUCUUGGAGGGCAUAUUCUAUUACAUGGACGACAACUGCCUCGUGAUGGACUUGGAGUAUCAUGGACAUCAAUGCCUUCUCUGGGUUCGGAAGGAGGUGAAGGACUUGGUUCCACAGGAGUGCUUCGAACGUUUCUCCGAUGCCUGCGGGGAGCCCCUUCGCGACCACAGGAGGGAGCUCUGCCCCGACAGCUAGAUCGACAGCUAGAUCGACAGCUAAAUCGACAGCUAGAUAGAAAGCUAGAUAGACAGCAAAAUCGGCUACUGGGUUCACAGCUAGGUGAACACCGAUAUUGACAUUUGUACAGCUAGUUCGACAGUUAAUCGAUAGCUCGACUGACAAAUAGGUUCUCAACUAGAUGGACAAUUAUAGAUAUACAUUUGUGUCUAUGACUAUCUCUGACUAUGCGGGAAGUGCUAUGUCAUUAUUUUAAACGCAUUUAGAGCAAAUACGUUUACUGCCCGCACGUGUUAUAGAGCUGCUAAAUAGCUGCAAACGUUCACUUGGCCUGCCAUCAUCUUUCGUUCAUACAAUAUUUCAUUGUUGUGGAGAAGGCGCAGCAUACUUUGUUUGUUGCCAUGAUUUUCUCGACAGCAUUGUCGCAGACAGUUAUGUCGACAGGCAGACUGACAGAUGCACGACUAGAUAAACAGUUGAAUCGGCGAUUAGAUCCACAGCCAGAUCGACAUGCAGCAGCGUCGCAAUUGCUAUACGUCUACAGGCGGAAUGACAAAUCGACGGUGUUCAUCGCCAACUGGACCGACAGUUAUAGAUGGACCGUCGAGAAUCAUGGAUGAUGGAACAGCUACGAACGUGCACCCUUAUAUGGUCAGAGAGCUGGAAGAAGAAAACUCAUACCAUCGGGACGACGAGAGGUCACAUUUCCAAUAUCACUCUGUCAUUGAAUAAAAAAAUUGCUACC